AUGCAGCAGCCAUCGGACUUGCUCUGCAAUUGGACUGCAGCUUCGUCACCAGACAUGUCCGAAAUCGACGACAAUGAGAACGACGCCGGCUUUGGAGGGCCGAUUGCUCGGCUCCGACCAAAUGGAUUCGCUGGCGAUGAGUUUGAUGGGAUUCCGGAGGAUUUGAAGCACAUCGAGGCCUUCGGACGGGAUUCGUUUGGCGGGAUGGGCAACAUGAAUGGAGAGCAAAGUAGCCAUGGAAAUAAUGGAGCGGUAAGAUGUUUUUUGAUGUUUAAAAGCUGAUUUUGGUCUUCUGAAAUUUUUGAUGACCAUAAAAGUUUUUUUAAAUGUAAGAUUACUGUAUUUUUUGCAUUUUUUUGCGUUUUUCCAUAUUUCCAAUAUGUAAACGUGCCUUUCUGCAAACCUUUUUAAUGCACCUCCGGAAACGUUUUGUAAAAAAGAAACAACAACAAUGAUUUGUGUUUUCCCCCCACCCACACCCUCUACAAUCCGCUUCUCCGUUGCUCAUUUCAAUGAUAGGCUAUCAUUGGUCAGCUGACGAAAUGACGCAACACCACAGCUUGUUGUUAUUGGGAUUAAAAUGACGAGAUUGUUGAUUACAUUUGAUAUGUUUACUGUUUAUGCAGAUUAACUGAAACUAAUUUAGGGGGGAAUGUUUUCAAACUAGGGCAAGGGGGGACUGGUUGGCUUUGAGGGGAAGAGUUGACCCAGUGGUGGGGAAAAAUUUUUUCAUAUAGUAAAACAGAUGUUUUUAGGACUUUUUUGAUGUUUUUAACUGUAAUAGAGGAUAGAUUUUCAAGCUAGGGCAAGGGUGGACUUUUUGGCUUUGAGGGGAAGAGUUGACCCAGUGAUAGGAAAAAGGUUUUUCAAAUGGUAAAAUAAAUGUUUUUAGGGUUAGUUCAAUGUUUUUAACUGUAAUAGCGGAUAGAUUUUCAAACUAGAACAAGAUGGGACUUUUUGAUUAUUGAGCGGAAGAGUUGACUCAACGGUCCCAAUAAAUAUAGUAAAGCAGAUGUUUCUAUGCGUAGCUCAAUUUUCGUUCUGUGACAGGGUUUGUUAGUAAUUACCCAAGAGACAUUUUAUACGAAAAACUUCAUUAUGCUCGAUCUUUUUUUCGAGGGGAAGACUUGACCCAAGGUUCUCAGUUUUUCCAACAUUUUGCAUCAAUCUUCUUUGCAGGGUGUAGAUUAGUCCUUCAAGGGUGUAGCCCUGACUUUUCAACGAUAGCCAAGACACCAGCCAUUUUAUACGAACACUUUUAUUUUUUCAAACUUUGUUGGUUCUUGAGUUAAAUUUUCGGUUAAUCCCUCAAAUGACAACAUUCCUAAUAUAGCAUGCGACCCAAGCUGAACUCUCCUUAUCAGCGCUGAAUUUGCGAAACGGCGGCAUUUUUUUCUUGACGUUAAAUAUUUACCAAAAUCAAAAUUUAACCCCGGGGGCAGAAUUUGGGUGUGGCAGGGUGCAGAAAACGGCUCUCGACCCCCGAUAACAAUCUCCCAGCCUCCGCUGAUUAGCCGGGACGGGGUUAAUGGCGGACGCUGACGUUUAACGCCCGACUGAAAUGGGCAGACUUAUCGGAGCGGGAGUAAUACUUGUGAUAAAACAUAAUUUUAUGGGUUAUAGAGGGGAUGAAGUUCGUGAUUACGGAAUCGAAAAGGCAACAAAAUGUGGGAAAAUAUUAGUGCAAAAAAUCAAAGUGCUUUGUACAGAGGUUUUUUGAAGCUAACAAUCUGACAAAUGUUUGUGAAAAUUUCACUCAAAUUUGCACUUACAAGAGAGGUACUCCAAGCAAGAAAAUUUUGCACACAUAUCGGGCAUAGGCCACAUACACAGUGGGGUCUGAUACCUCCCUCUCCAAGUGAAAAACUCCGAUUUCAAAAGCGCGCCCUUCAAAACGAUGUUUUUUUCACCUGGAGAGGGAAGCAUUUUGCCACAUUUUUGAUACCUCCCGGAUGCAAAAUGGUACGUUUUUUGCCACUGGAUCAGGUCCCCCACUGUAAAUUAUUGAAAGAUUUAGCUCACGUUUUGCAGUCGCAGCCAAAAAAUUCAACAAUCUUUGCGGCCGAGAGAGCACGCAAAGCGCGGAGAGCGGUCAGACCGUGAAACACUUUCUGGCCAUAUCUUUGUCAGUUUCGUGCGGAAAAAAAAUGAUUUUUCGAGGAAAUAUUAUACUCUACGGUAGAAAUAGCCAUGAAACUUUUCAUGCCGAAAUUCGGCAAGAAAGUGUUUCAUUUUUUCCACUUUUUGAGCAAAAAAUCUCCGUUGUUUCAGCAAAAACGCGAGCUGGAAGUCUUGUAUUAUCUCUGACAUAUAAUCAGAAAAAAAUUUUAAGUUUGUGAUAGUUUCGUUAAAAUCUGAGCGUCGCAAAUGCACAAUUUUUUACAUUUUCUAUCUUCAUCACACAUCAAAUUUUCAAACAAUUUUUUUUCCAUUUUCCUCCCCCGUUAUUAGCCAUUCCCUUCGAAAUCAUCACAAAUUCCUUAUUAUUUCUGUUCCCUUCAGCAGUACCUUCAUUUCUUGAUAAGAUUGGGCAUCAUUUUUAAUUUUUUUGAGGCUACAGUAAUCCUCCGAAAUUAAAAAUCAUAGGGCCUUUGAUAGGGAAGGUCCAAAAAAUAAACGGAAAUUUAGGCGUGGCGCUGCAGAUAACGUGAUCAAACACUCGUUGAGCUGAAAAUUUUCAAUUAAAAAUACAGUAAGACAUGGAAAAUAAGAAAAUUUUUAUUCAAAAAAUCUAUUUUUUAUUUGAAAAGUUUAUUCAAAUUUACCGCGAAUUAAGACAAAUCGAAGUGAAAUCCGGUCCCAAAAAGAUGAAUAAAGAACGGUAGAAGUCCCGCAUUGUCUUAUAAAAAACGCCGAAAUCGAAGAAAAAAGCCUUUGAAAAGGUGCGAUUUCAAUGAAUCAAAGGGAAUCUGGCCGAUUGUCGGGCAGACUGACUGUUAAUUCAACUUUUAUUUCAUUUAAUUAGACGCUAGAGAACAGAAUUUUUUUGGGAAGUUAUUUUGCGGGUACUGUAAAAUUGGCGCUACGACUGUUCUGGGGAGCGACAGUUUGGGUCAAAAAUAUGUUUGAUAAAGAUUUAUGAAGUCCUAGGAGAGCUUAUCACCUAUUUUGAGGUAUUUUACAUGCACUCACAUCAAUAAUAUCUAGAUAAAAGUUACGGAUUUUUGUUUUUUGCUAAAAGUUUUGGUCUUUUAUACGUUAGAAUAACUCACCGUAAGGAAAACUAACGUUACUAAUAGCUAAAAUUAGAAAAAGUGGGCAUAUUGCAAGCCUUCGCCAAGCCUCCACCGAGCUUUCGCCGAGCGUCCGCCGACCAUCCAACGGCUUUGCUAACGCUACAACGGCUUUAUCAGACCCCGUAGGCACUUCCUACAACUUUUUUUUGAGUAUCCACCUGCCCUACGCUGCCCUUUCGAUCGAAAAAUUUUCUCCAAAGUUUAGGGCAAUUUGAGUCAAGUGUUUCUCUCAAAUGCUUUUGAGAGAAAGACUUGGCUCAAAUCUCGAAUCUUAAGAAAUAUUCCCUUGGGCUAUGAAAUGCACGGAAAGUCCCAAAAUAGAAGAAUUAAAAGUGAAUAAGCGGCAAGUCUCACGUUGAAACUUUACGGAAUUGCUUCAAACCUCCGGGUUUUAUAAAAACUGAUAAAAAGUUUGACAGUUCCGGAUGCCAUUUUCCGGAUCUAAUUUCACGUUAAAUUUGGAAUUUCCGGGAAAAUUUUCCUCACAAAAACUCCGCUUGCCCUAAUCUUGCUAUGUUGCUACCGGCCCAUAAAGGAAAAAGCUCUAAAAUGACGGAUAUUCAAAAGUUCCGCAUUACUAUUUAGACAACCAGAAGAAUGGUUGUCUCUUUAAUAAAUUGAGGAUUGCGAUAAAAAUUAGGGCAUUUUCUCCUCGAUAUGACCAUUUUCUAUUUGUACAAAGCAACCAGGGGGCAUUACGGUGGCCUUUCGAAAUUUUUUAAUUUGAUAAAAAAUUUCGAAAGGGCAAGUCUCUAAAUUUUUUUGUGAUAUUUAGAGCAAAAUCUCUUUGAGGGAUGUUUUGAGGCCUAGAUUUAACAGGAAACACUGAUUUUUUGGCGAAAAUUGUAAAUUUUUUUUUCAUUUUUUUCAGAAAAAUUUAAAAUUUCAGGAUUUUUUAGAAAUGAAAUUAUUCAACUAUUUCUGUCAAAAAACCAAACUUCCAUGGCUCAUAUCCCCGAAGACACGGCCACGAAUUUUUUGCUCUUCCCACCCUCCUCAUUUUCCCUACUCUCUCGAAAAACCUCGCUGAUAAAAAGUCCGAAAUUUUUGCCCAAUUUUCUCCUGGAUCCCCAUCUCUAUUCACCCCUAUAUAAAAACAGAAAUCUUGCAAAAUUACUGUUCCCUUUUCCCGUUUUUUUUUUUGAAAGAGACGAAGAGACUGCACGCUGAUUGGCUGCGGAGAAGAAGAUGGUCUUUCGAACCAACUUUUGACCUUUAUGAGCAAAAAUUUUGCUGAAAAAGUGGAAAUUCUCUAUCACGCAGAAAAUUAGCCUUUUCGAAAUAAAGUAAUUCGGCAUUUUAAAGUGUCUAAAAUGGAUCUAAUUUCAAAAAAUAUAAUUUUUUACUGUCUACAAGGAAACCGUCGAUUUUUACUUUUUCAAAUCGAUUUUUUUACCUAUUUUCAGCUCAAAAUUUUCUGAUCGUCUAAUAUAAACUUUAAAUGCGUUUUUCCCCAUCUUAAUUUUUACUUUUCAGCCCUUCCAAGCCAGUUCCUCGCAGCUGCAGCCCGAUUUCCGGGCCCACAUCAAGAUCGAGCCCCAGCCGCUGGCCGCCGGUCCCACCGGCACCCGUAUGGGACAGGACUUUCGAUUCCAGGAGGCCGAAGACUCCUCCAUGCACAUUCAUCACGAUUUGAUGUUCCGCCGCAUAAUUCAGGACAUUUUUACCACCUGUUCCAGUCUUUGUCUGCCCACCGGUAAGGCCCGCAUUUGUCGCGCAUUUAAUGGGGUUUUUGUCAUAAUGGGGUGUCAUGAGAAGUGUUAUUGAGGACGGAGAGUUUUAGUCAGAUCACAUUUUGUUUUAUUUUGUUGGUCGAAGCAUAGGGCAUUUUGAGUCAAGUGUUUCUCUCAAAGUUUCUGUUGAGAGAAACACUUGUCUCAAAAUGUUCAUUCCAAAAAUAAUUUUUUUUUUUUUUUUUUUUUUUUUUGAAGGGCAUCGUAUUAAAUUCAUUUUUCAAAGUUUUACUAAAUAAUGAAAGUUUGAGUCAAGUGUUUCUCUCAAAGUUUCUGUCGAGAGAAACACAUGUCUCAAAAUGCCAUUGUAAAAAAUUUGUUUAUAAACGCAUGAGAGGCAUCGUGGAGAAUUAUUUUUUAGGGGUUCGCUAAAUAAUGAAAGUUUGAGUCAACUGUUUCUCUGAAAAUUUCACUUGAGAAAACACUUGCCUGAAGCCAAUAAUUUUUUUCGAAAUCUGUUUUAGAACCCACAAACAAGUGUAAAAAAUUAUUUGUUCACUUUUUUGCAGUUUUCGUCAAGUCAUAACAUAAAAAUAUGUUCGAGAGGAAGACUUGACUCACACUUUUUUGCCACGUUUGAGACUGAUACCUAGCAGACUUAGACUUUUCAUCGACUAGUUUCAUUAUCAAAUUUCGCAUUUCCAGACCCCUCUCAAUGGACAAUCGACCAUUGCAACAGCUGGCUGAAUGAAAUGUGUCAACAGUUCCACUUGCCCACUCCAGGUCGUUUGAAUUUGACCGGGAAAAACUUGAUGGAAAUGAAUGUGGAGCACUUGGUGCGGCUCAUUCCCAACGGCGGCGAUCAAAUUCAUGCGCAAUUUCAGGUGUGGAAAAUCGGUAAGCAAAUUUGGAAAAUUUAAUUUUAUGUAAAAAGUGCUAAAAAUCCACUCAAAUUUUUUGAUAAUUUAGCACACAUUCUUUGCCUCUGCUAGUUGUUAUAUUCUGAAAAUUUUAGCUUACGCUUUACAGGGAGAGGCGAGAUAUUGCACGAUCUUUUGCGAAAGAGUAUGUGAAAUUAGGAGACGGCUAG